UUCAAAAGGCCCAACGCUUCCAACCCAAAAAAGAAGAAGAAAGCUCGUGACUAUAAAGUGCGAGUUUUCACCCGUUUGCGUUUUCUGCAAUCGCUAGGGUUUCCUUCUGCCGCUCGUUCCUCUCGGCCCCGACUCCCUACAGCGAAAAUGCCGUCGCACAAGACCUUCAUGAUCAAGAAGAAGCUGGCCAAGAAGAUGAGGCAGAACCGACCCAUUCCUCACUGGAUCCGGAUGAGGACCGAUAACACCAUCAGGUACAACGCUAAGCGCAGGCAUUGGCGCCGCACCAAGCUCGGGUUCUAAGGUGGAUGAGCCUGGCUUUAUUGGAUUUUGUUUAAGCACUUUAGUUUAUUUUUGCAAAACUGAAAGAUAUUUGGGUUUAUCAGUUGUGAAACUCCUGAGGAGAUUUUGAUGAGAUUGGUGUUUGAUUUUGUAGUUUAUUUGGUAUUUUAAGUAAUGGGUUAGACUUAUUUUUAGUUCAA